GGCGCCUCUUUGGCGCGCACGCGCCUCAGCGCGCGCCCGGAGGGGCGGGCCGGGACUUGCCGCUCGCACGCCCUUGGGCAGCGGCCGGGCGCCCGUUGUCCGUUUUGCUUACGACGCGCGCCGUCAGGGAGCUGGUGUAUGUGCGGCAAUAACAUGUCUGCCCCGCUUCCCGCCACCGUGCCCGCCGUCCGGAAAGCCACCGCUGCGGUGAGUGGCGGCGGCCAGGGUUCGGAGGGGCCCGCUCGGCCCGCUGCAGGCUACCGCCUCUGGCGCGGGGUGGCAUCGCAGGCCGGUAGGCGACCGGUGAUUUUCCUUCAUGGAUUGGGAGAUACAGGGCAUGGAUGGGCAGAAGCCUUUGCAGGUAUCAGAAGUUCACAUAUCAAAUACAUCUGCCCACAUGCACCAAUUAUGCCUGUAACAUUGAAUAUGAACAUGGCUAUGCCUUCUUGGUUUGAUAUUACUGGGCUUUCACCAGAUUCACAGGAGGAUGAACCUGGAAUUAAACAGGCAGCAGAAAAUGUAAAAGCUUUGAUAGAGCAAGAGGUGAAGAAUGGCAUUCCUUCUAACAGAAUUGUUUUGGGAGGAUUUUCUCAGGGAGGAGCUUUAUCUUUAUACACUGCUCUCACCACACAGCAGAAACUGGCCGGUGUCACUGCACUCAGUUGCUGGCUUCCACUCCAGGCUUCAUUUCCACAGGGGCCUAUCAGUGGCAUUAAUAGAGAUAUUUCUAUUCUUCAGUGCCAUGGAGAUUGCGAUCCUUUAGUUCCCCUAAUGUUUGCUUCUCUUACUGCCGAAAAGCUAAAAACAUUAGUAAAUCCAGUCAAUGUAACCUUCAAAACCUAUGAAGGCAUGAAGCACAGUUCAUGUCAACAGGAAAUGAUGGAUAUCAAGCAGUUCAUUGAUAAACUUCUACCUCCAGUUGAUUGAUGUCACUAAGAGGCCUUCUGUAGAAGUGCACACCAGCAUCAUUGUAGUAGCGUAUAAACCUUUUCCCGUGCCCAGUCUUGAAACUUCUAAUGUUUGCAGUGUUAAGAUGUUUUGCAAAUACACACCAAUGACACAGACUACAUGAUACUAUCUCCUUGUGGGAAAGAUGGUCUUCUUUUAGGUUUCUAUACAUGUAUUUGUAUAAUAUGAUUCAGAAUAUACUAGUAUUAAAAUAGGUGAAGCACCUAAGCUUCUUUUUCCCAAAUGUAAUUCAGCAAAAUAAUAAAAUACUGUAACCAGAUUUUUUCUUACAUCAUUUGACAAUUAUUAGUAUGCUUAAUGAAAAUUUGUUUAGGUAUAAAUGAGCAGUUAAGAUAUAAAUGAUUUAUGCAUGCUGUGACUUAGUCUAUGGACUUAUUCCAAAAUUACUUAGUCACCAUGCAUUAUCCGUAUUUUUAUAUAUGUAUUCAUUAUAUACUUAAUGAUUGUAAUACAUAAUGAGAAUAUGUUACUACAUUAUUCCCAAUAAUAGGGAUAAUGCUUCUAAGGUCAAUAAAGAGUAAUAUUCCUCUGUUCAGUUAAUGGCCCUUUUAUUUUGGGGACCAGGCUUUAUUUUCCCUGAUAUCAUUUCUAUUUAGUAUUUUUUUUUCAUCUCUGGAAAUCUGUUCUUUCUUUUUUAUCCUUCAUAAUAGACCAAAUAUUGCCUCCUUGCCAUAGACAUCUGCUGCCAAUACAUGCUGUAGUUUGACAUUCUGAAUCACAGGUUUGAUGGUAUUUAAAAUGUAUUUACACUUGUAUAAAGAAACCUUUAAACUUCCUACACUACUUAUUUCUUAAACUGUACCUUAGUCCAAAGUUAGACCUAUAUAGUUAUUAGAAUCUUCAGUCUAGAUAAUGGGAAUAAUUCUGUGGUUGUAUUUUUCUGUAAUUAACUGAAAGAAUAUGUAGGUCAUAUUCUAGUAUGUUCUGGAAUAUUUAAGACAGAUCUUAAAAACUAAUUUCUAAGAUGAUUUGCUCUAAGAUGAUUCUCCUCGAGCAUAGUUUUAGUUUACUUGUUUUGUACAUAUGUUUGAAACCAACUACUGUAGAAAAUGAACAGUCCAUUAGAAAAUUUUGCUUUAUUUUUAUCUGCCAGUGAACUUUUUUGAAAACUUCACUUUAGUCAGAUGGGUUUUUUUUUUUUAAUUUAGUUUUUGUGCAAACAUAAAAGUAGCAAUUAUUUGACUUUAAGUAGUUGAAUUUUUCAGAUUAUUGGUAAAAAUUAUUGGAAAACAAAUUUAUGGGUGAUAAAGAUUAAUCGCAACUCAAUACAUAGGGUGUAGUUACCACAGUUUAAUAUGUAGCAAAAAUGUAUACUUGAUAUUUCUGAACUGUUGUUAAUUUUUCUGCUGUAUUCCAACUGACUAAAACAAUGUUAGGAAUGCAUCUUUAUAAAUGGGUGCUAAUUGAUAAUGGAAAUAAUUUAGUAAUGACUGUACAGAAUGUUAAUAAUGAAGCCAUAUGUUUAUGUCUGGAUUUAAAAUUUUUAAACAAUCAUUUACUAAGUCAUUUUGCUUUACCUUGAAGAAUAUAAAUUGUUGUUUCAAUUAUACAAAUCAGCAAGAUCUAAUUUAUGGCAAGAAAUAUUCUGUUGAAAUGUUGUGCUCUAAUGUGGGAAAAUGUAAAUCUUUUUCAUGGUUUCUACCAAUGUGAAAUAAAAUUUCAUUCUGACUUU